CCGGCCAUGGGCGCCGGGACAGCCGCGGCCGGGACGCCGCCCCCCGCGGGCGGGCGCUGCCGGCGGCGCGGAGCGGCGAGCGCGGGCUGAGACGAGGAGGAGGAGGAGGAGGAGGAGGAGGAGGCGGCAGAUGUGUUACAGUGCCUGUAGAGACUUCGUCGCUUCGCCUCAGACCUAUGUGACUCUGGGGAAAGGAUCAUGACCGAAGUCCUUCUCUCUGCUGCUCUGAACGGAACUGAACCCAACCUGUUAUCCAGCAGCGGCUGGUCUGCGGGAAACGUCACCACCAAGUGCUCCCUGACCAAAACCGGCUUCCAGUUCUAUUACCUGCCCACCGUCUACAUUCUGGUCUUCAUCACCGGGUUUUUGGGCAACAGUGUGGCUAUCUGGAUGUUUGUCUUCCACAUGAGGCCUUGGAGCGGCAUCUCAGUUUACAUGUUCAACUUGGCACUAGCCGAUUUCUUGUAUGUCUUGACUCUGCCCGCCCUCAUCUUUUACUACUUCAACAAAACGGACUGGAUCUUCGGAGAUAUCAUGUGCAAGCUGCAGAGGUUCAUCUUCCACGUGAACCUGUACGGCAGUAUCCUGUUUCUAACCUGCAUAAGCGUGCACAGGUACACGGGAGUGGUGCACCCCUUGAAGUCGCUGGGGAGGCUGAAGAAGAAGAACGCGGUGUACAUCAGCAGCCUGGUCUGGGUCCUCGUGGUGGGCGUGAUUUCUCCAAUACUCUUCUACUCGGGAACAGGGAUAAGGAAAAAUAAAACCACAACGUGCUACGACACAACGGCUGAUGAUUACCUGAGAAGUUACUUCAUUUAUAGCAUGUGCACCACAGUGCUGAUGUUCUGCAUCCCCUUCAUAGUGAUUCUUGGUUGCUAUGGGCUCAUCGUGAAAGCUUUGAUUUACAAAGAUUUGGACAAUUCUCCUCUCAGGAGAAAAUCCAUUUACCUGGUCAUUAUUGUGUUGACGGUCUUUGCAGUGUCUUACCUUCCCUUCCACGUGAUGAAGACCUUAAAUCUAAGGGCCAGGGUGGAUUUUCAAACCCCAGAUAUGUGUGCCUUCAACGAUAAGGUUUAUGCCACUUACCAAGUGACGAGGGGCCUGGCCAGCCUCAACAGCUGCGUUGACCCCAUCCUUUACUUCCUGGCAGGUGACACCUUCCGAAGGCGGCUUUCCAGGGCCACCAGGAAAUCAUCCAGAAGGAGCGAACACAAUGUGCAGUCCAAAAGUGAGGAAAUGACUCUCAAUAUUUUAACAGAGUAUAAACAGAACGGAGAUACCAGUUUGUGAACAAAUGCAGAAGAUUUGGGAACGGUUUGAAAAUAUCCUCCGCUUUGAGGCAGUAGGAGACUGUAGGGCUUACAAGUGUGUGAGGAAAAUCUACCAGUCUCAAAUUCUUUUUUAGAUAAAGCCUCAUUUUCUGGUCUUAGAAAAAGCUUAACGAAGUCAGUGGAAGAAUUUUAAUGGAAAAUAAUGUGUCAAAAUUCAGCUUUCCUUCAGUAGUUUCAUUUAUUUCUGACUUGUGUCAGAUAAAGUAAAAUGAAGUAAAUCCCCUAAAGGAGGAGAGCGAUCCAAGUGCAUCUGGUUUAAUGACUUAGUCUCCCACGUUUGAAAAUGUUCUCAGUCAGCCUGUCUUUAAAAAUAGGAAAUAAAAAUAAGAGCAGUAUCUUGUCUUCUGAGGCUCAGUCACAGACCAGGCUUUCUGCUCACUCGCUGUUGUACUCAAGGAUUUAAAUCAAAGUCACGAUGCAGUUAUCAUUUUCGGUUUUAUUAUUUUUUCAUCUAUAGUGCUGAUAAUUACUCGAUAGUUUGGUGGCAUUUAUGGUUCAGUCCUCUUUCAGUGCCGGUGUUCUAGUCCAGGUAGGCUGUACUGGUGUGUGCAUGGUUGUGCUUUGGGACGGGCUGUUCACGGCGAGCCCCUCGGCGGCCGAGGCUCCGCGGUGCCGGGCCCUGGGCACCGCGGGUGUCCCCGGGGGCCGCUGGCACCGCGCUGGAACCGAGCUGGGCGCGCUGGGAGCGGCUGGGCCGGCAGGGAACGCGUGCUCCACGAACCUGCCUCUGCUAGCUGAGCGCUUCUGCUCCUGCAGGCUCUGCAGAUAGCACGGGAGCCGUGUCCCGACAGCAGUCACUACUAAAAUGGAUGAUAUAAAUGGAUUAUAUAUAUAUUAUAUAUUAUAUAUAUAUAUAGAACAGUGAUUGGGGGGAAUUAAUUUUUUUUGUACUUUGACAGAUAAAUUACUGUAUUAACAAGAUGUUGCAAUAUACUACAGGCUAAAUCCGGCCCUUUACUAUAGAUCUUCUCCAAAUGGGGAAUAGUUCUUCCAAAAUUAGCCAAACUGCAACAUUGUGUAACACAAGAGCUAGUGAUCAGGCACAGAUGAAAUUCUACAUGGGCAGUCUCACUCGUUUCUCAUAUUUUUAAUAAAUGUGUUUGGAAAUAUUUUGUGCUAAAAGCGGUAUAAAAGCAUGCUCUGAAUUAUGAAUUUAGUGUACAAAAUUAAGUUCGAUGUAAUCCUAAGGGUGAUUUUUAACAGAUCUUUGUUCCUCUGGUCUGCAUCAUAAGAGUAAAAUAUUCAUAUUUUACUUACCAAUUUCCAGUGGUUGGUUACAAAUGAGAGUAGCUCUAGUUAUUUUUUGACAACAUUGUUAAGCAGCUUCUGUUCACAUGUACGGCUUCCUCUGCAGAGUCCCUAUUUAUUGAACUUAUUUAUUAGAAUGCUAAAUGUCAAGUUUGUAAAGUGUGGUUCUCUGUGGUCAUACUCAGAAUUGGGCAUUAAUGGAAAAUUGAAGAGCAUGUUUCAAUCACUGUAAUACUGUGUCUUCUAACAGAACAUCUUUAUAAUAAACUCAAUUCCACCCUGAC